CAGUCAGACAGCGCGGGCGGUCUGCACCAUGGUCCGUCUGCUCAGCUAGGGGCUGGAAUGUUAGAAAUUUCGGGAAGGAGCAAAAAUUCCCGGACUGGAACAGCAGCAGACUGGAUCUGGAUUACAGGAAAAAGUUAGCAGGAAAAAACUCACUUCCUCUGCCACGUUGGGAUCCCUGCCUGCCUGCCUCUCUGCCUGCUUCCUUCCCUGCGUGCCGUGUAUUCCGCCGGUGCUCUCCGUGUUUCCCGGAGGAGUCUGAGGACAGAGGAGGACUGUAAUUGAUUAACGCUCUGCCAUGCUGUCGGCUGCUGUUUUGUAUCUAUCACUGUUAAAUCUGCUGAUCGUGGGGGUCGGCUCCUCUAGCUCCAAGGCACCUCCAGCCACAGGUGAACCCCCACAGCCUCAGCAGGCCAGUUCCUCCUUUGGGCACCCCAGCUGGUCCUUGGGGCUGCAGCUCUAUCGGGCCCUGAGGAAAGAAGGCUCCAACACUAACACUCUCAUCUCCCCUGCCCUGCUUGCCAGCUCCCUGAGCGCUUUAAGCCGCACAGCCAAAGGAACCACAGCUGAACAGCUCCAGGAGCUCCUGAAGAAUGCCAAAGUAGAGAAGAAAACUGAGGAAGCUUUAUCCGACACACUGAAAUCCAUGCGUGAGGGGAAUGGAACCAGCUACACUCUGCAUGGCUCCUCAGCUCUCUUCUCCAAACAGGUUCCCACACUGGAGAAGAGCCUCCUGGAGGAGCUCCAGGCCCAGUUUGGGCUGGGCCAUGUGGCUCUGGGAGCAGGGGGUAAAGAGGCAGAUAUGGAGAAGCUCCGCUCUUGGGCUAAAGGUGGAAUGGGAGGACUGGAGGGGUCGCUGUUGAAGGAAGGACCAGAUGCCAAAGACGGUGCUGUGAUCCUGGCUAAUGCACUGCACUUUAAAGGACUUUGGGACCGAAGCUUUGAGACAGAAAAUCAAGACCUGCGAACCUUUUUGGGGACCAAGUACACCAAAGUGACUAUGAUGCACAGAGCAGGUGUGUAUCGUCACUAUGAGGACAUGGAGAAUAUGGUGCAGGUGAUAGAGUUGGGCCUUUGGAGUGGAAAGGCCAGCAUGCUGCUGAUUCUGCCCUUCCAUGUUGAGAGUCUGGCCAGAGUGGAUCGCUUGCUGACCCUGCAACAGCUGGAGACGUGGAUGGGGAAGCUAAGCAGCAUGAGCAUGGCACUGUCGCUGCCCCGGGUCAAUAUCAGCAGCACACUCAGCCUACAGAAACAGUUGGCUGUGCUGGGCGUGGCAGAUGCGUGGGACCAGAAGGUGGCAGAUUUCUCUGGCUUGUCCAGCAAGGGGAAGGGGAAGCUUCACCUGGGAGGCGUUCUACACUGGGCCUCUUUGGAGCUGGCAUCAGAAUCAGGCAGUAAGGACGGAUCCAAUGAGGACGAGCAUCUGGAUAAACCCAAACUUUUCUAUGCAGAUCAUUCCUUCGUCAUCCUGGUGAAGGAGAACAGCACUGGAGCCCUGGUUCUGCUGGGUGCUCUGGACAUGGCUGAGGGGGCUGCCCUGCAUGAUGAGCUGUAGGGCCUGAAUGGGUAACACACACAUACUGCAGAUGAGGUUACAUGGACAAAAGACAUUGACAGUGAGCUGAGCCACUUCUGUUUAGUGACACCUGUAAUGCUGUCUGGCACAUUUUGAAUUUAGAGUUGAUCAUCACAGUCUAUUGUAGUGAAAUACUGUAAAGUCUACACUAGUGAGCUGUUCAUAGUGUGCUUUUUAUUUUUAAUUUUUUUACAAACCAAUCUUGCUUAAAUUUGCUUGGUUGUCAUUUAUGUCAAAAUAUAGUCAAUCAGUCCAGACCCCAGACAGUAUGUGCUGAGUUUUUUUUUUUUUUUUUUUUUUCUUCAGGUACUUUAAAAAAUGCUGUUUUUUUGGCUUUUGCUCUGGAGGUGUGAGCUAACGAGUAAAUAAAUCUUACAGAUACUGCAAAGAACUGACACAGAACUGAUGCAGACACUGUCUCCCAACUAUGCAUUUAUAAACGGACAGUGUAUUUUUAUUUGGUAAAAGCUGGGCAGGGCAGAGUCCUGUGACUAAGCAUGCAGUAGUAGGUUUUUAAGGGGAAAUUGCAUGAAUACACUGUAUUACAAACCAUAACAGAAUUAGAGCGUUUAUAUAUAUAUAAUUUAGCAACCAGGUUUGACACCAACUUCUGCCGUAAUCUGUCCCACCCCUGCCCAAUGGAUCAACACCAGCAAAAGACAUGUCUCCCCAAACCAUCACUGGUCAUCAGUAAAUUUUACAUUUCAUUUGGAAAUAAAGGGAGCAGAGUCUGGAGGAAGAGUGGAGAGACACACAGUCCGAGCUGCUUGAGGUCUAGUGUGAAGUUUGCACAAUCAGUGAUGGUUCGGAGAGGCAUGUCAUCUGCUGGUGUUGAUCCACUGUGUUUUAUCAAGUCCAAAAUCAGUGCAGUUUUUGUUUUUCUCCAAAAUCUUACAGCACUUCAUGCUUCCUUCUGCUGGCAACUUUUAUGGAGAUAUGGAUUUCAUUUUCCAGCAGGAUUUGGCACACUGCCCACACUGCCAAAAGUACCAAUUGGUUUUAUAUACAGUCAUAUUCAAAUUUUCUGAGACACUGAUGUUUGCUUGUUUUUUUUUUAAUUUGCUGUAAGCCAUAAUCAACAACAAUAAAAGAAAAGUUUGGAAUGUCA